CGAUAUCGAUCUUCGGCUAUGAACAUUUCCUUAGCUAUAUGUGGGGAGCCUCGGGCAACACCAAAUCUUGUAAUGCAGAUCAUAUCUGAAUCAAGUGGUGGCCACCGACAUUAGCUGACAAUGGUGGCGUAUUAAAGUCAUGGUCUAAUGCGUCAAGCUUGUUUUCUUAUCAGGAUUUGGGUGAUCGACUCCACUGGCGCUGCCAUCAACGGAUGAUAAGCAUCUUAAAUGCUGUCAGGCUGUGGCUUUCAAGCUCAAGCACCGAUGGAUGAAACGAAGGAGCUGCCGAAUGGUGACGGUAACAGUAGAUAUGUACGAGGAAGCUGCAUGUCCUAACAUCUGUUAUCUAUUACUGCAGGAACAGUCGACCCACCUCCCCCAUGUGUUCCUCCACCAGCGGCACGUCACUCUUUUUGUGGGGCCACAUGAACAUGUGGCGCAUGCGCGACCGCUGGUAGAUGGUGCCUGUGGGGCCCAGGUGGCAUCCACGGUGGUCCACGCUGUCCCCCGGCCAAAUCUCGGUGGAACAAGGGUGAAGAAGAGUUGUGCUUUGGAGGCUGAUGAGAUAGAUGGCAAGCUUGCUCUGAGAAGGUCCCCCAUGCAUGAUAAGAAAGAGAAGCAUUGUUUUCAGCAGAAAACUACAUAUCAGCAGGCUGAUGGGAUGCCUUCUCUGUCGAGAUUCACAUGUUCUUUCAAGUGCAUGGAAUUUGGUGCCUUCACUGAUUUAAUGAGCCGUCUCUAUCUGCUUGCAGUGGGAGUGGGAGUGGGGUCACUUUGUUGGCUUGCCAGCUCUCCUUGGCACAAAGGGCUAUGUUCAAAGAGGUGGGAUGCAUAUGAGGAUGGCCGGCAGCUUCAUCACGGUAACUUAUUUUUCCUUUUAUUCCUUUUAUUGUUGUGAGGGAAUUUGACAUAGAAAAUUUUUCAUGAGUAUUUUCAUUUUUUUUUUCAUAAAUGAUAACAAAUUUGGAUAAAACAAUGAUUUGAUUAAUAA